UCAAUAAGUGAAGGCAUCCGAGCGGAUUGCUUACCAGAAGAACCAAUGGAGGGUAAAAGUUCAGGACCUUCAUGCUCUGGCCUCAAUCUGGUCGCUCACCCACGGGCAAAGAGCAAAGUCUGGAAAUACUUUGGCUUUGACACAGAUGCAGACGGAUGUAUAUUGCACUGGAAACGGAUAUACUGCCGUGUAUGUAUGAGUCAAAUUGCUUACUCCGGAAACACCUCCAAUCUUUCGUACCACCUUGAAAAGAACCACCCUGUAGAGUUCAGCGAGUUUGUGAAGAGCAACACUGAUCAGAUGCGUGAGGCGUUUGCCACGGCAUUCUCCAGGAUCAAGACCGAGCCUUUAGGUGUACAUGUCCAGCAACAAUCCCAGGACACAAACCCGAGGCACAAUUUAGACUCUGAAAACAGACGACACAAUGAUCUGACAGUAGCUGUCAUCAACUUCAUCUGUGAGGGGUUGUACCCAGUAUCUCUAGUUGAAGAACCUACUUUCAAGACCUUAAUGAGCACAGUUGAUCCUGGGUACUCUCCACCGAGCAAAAGCGACCUGGCAGUUAAAAUGCUUCCUCAGAUGUACUGCCGUACCCGGGACAUGGUCUUUAGUGAGCUUGCUGGGGUGGUGAACUGUGGCGUUACUACAGACCUCUGGCAAAGCCAAACCCAGAAUAGGACAUACAUUUCACUCUCUAUGCAUUCAGUUAAUUACAGUAGUACAACCGGCUUCUCCAUGAUUAACAAGUGUCUUAAAACUUUUGAGGUGCAAGAGGACAACACAGCCGAGAACAUCACCAGAGCUAUGUACGAAGCGUUUGUUGAAUGGGGUAUAACGCAUAAAGUCAGCGGUGCCACGACAAAUGGUUCAGUGGACAUUGUCAAAGCGUGCUCCCUCCUGGAACUGUCAGUGGAAAUGCCCUGCCUCGGCCAUACCGUCAAUCGGGCAAUGGAUGAAGCCUUCCAGUUGCCGCGGCUCGAAAGCUUUUUGGGAUGUUGCCGCAAACUUGUCGAUCAUUUCAGAGAACCAACGAUGUAUCUGCUGAGGGAUAAACAGAAGCAACAUGGUCUCACUCAGUGUGCACUCAUCACCGACAGGGGCAGGUCUUGGUUGGCCACAUUGGCAAUGUUACAGAGACUGAAAGAGCAACAGGCUGCAGUAACUGCAACACUUAUCGAGAGUUCCAGCAUUCAUCAUUUUAGUUUUGAUGGCCCUGACUGGGCCUUGUUGGAGGGCUUGAUUGAUGUUCUCCAGCCUUUUAAAGUUGUGGCAAACAUGAUCAGUUCUUGCAGGUAUCCAACCAUUAGCAUGGUUAGGCCUGUGCUCCAUAUGCUGUUGAACACCACCCUCAAGGUCAAGGAAGGGGACCUCAAAGAGAUCAGCAUGACCAAAGAGGUCAUCUCAAAGGUCCUAUCAAGCACCUAUUCACAGAAUACCCAGCUUUCCCAAGAAAUUUCAAUGUUUCUUAACAUUGCUACAUUCUUGGAUCCUCGCUACAAGAAGCUGCCUUUCCUGUCCACUCAGGAGCGCGCCAAAGUUGAGAGUAACAUCAUAGAGGAGGCAAAAGCAAUUCUUGAGAAGCAGAUUGCAGAGCGACCAUGCCUAGAUGACUUCUCCUUUGUAUCUGACGAACCGCCUAGCAAAAAGCAGACACCUCUGAGAGAAUCUUCAGCCAGCAGUUCAACCCAAGACAACCCUUUGGCUGCCAUAUUUUGUCAGUCAGAUUCAGACCAGAGCCAGGAGGAGCUGCAUGCACAGGUGGUCGAGGAGCUAAGCAACUACAAAUCACAAAGAGUCCUAGGUCUAAAUGAAGACCCUUUACUGUGGUGGUCAAGUCAUGCACCCUUGUUCCCCACCCUCCCCAAGGUGCUCCAGAAGUACUGGUGCGUUCCUGCCAUGAGUGUACCUUGUCACAGGCUGCUAAGUUCUUCUGGGACUGUCCUGUGUGGGAAAAGGAACUGCAUAGCUCCAGCUUUAGUCGAUCAGCAGAUCUUCUUGUACGAGAAUUCACGAAGCUACUAUGAGCCUGAACCCUGUGACGAUGAGUUGGACAAUGUUUGGGAGGGAAACUGUAGUCUGGGCCAGCCGCUUGAAUGACUGUGUGCUUAAAAUUGCAAAAGCUCUAAGAAGCAUUGGAAAUAGGCUUGUGUCUAACUCUUUAGUAUGGAAAUGUAUCGGACCUGUUAUACCUAUGGUUUUGGCCCAUGAUAUGUAUAAAAAGAGUUUGGCCUA